UCGGCCCCGGCGCCGGAGGACGCGGGGAAGAUGGCGGCGGCGGCGGCAGCGGCGGCGGCUGCAGCGAACGGGUCGUGCGGGAGCAGCGGGAUGGAGGUGGAUGCAGCAGCGGUCCCCAGCGUGAUGGCCGCCGGGGUGACGGGCAGCGUGUCGGUGGCCCUGCACCCGCUCGUCAUCCUCAACAUCUCCGACCACUGGAUCCGCAUGCGCUCCCAGGAGGGCCGGCCCGUGCAGGUGAUCGGCGCCCUGAUCGGGCGACAGGAAGGGCGCAACAUCGAGGUGAUGAAUUCCUUCGAGCUGCUGUCCCACACGGUGGAGGAGAAGAUCGUCAUCGACAAGGAGUAUUAUUACACCAAAGAGGAGCAGUUCAAGCAGGUGUUUAAGGAGCUGGAGUUCCUGGGCUGGUACACAUCGGGGGGGCCCCCCGAGCCCUCCGACAUCCACGUCCACAAGCAGGUGUGCGAGAUUAUCGAGAGCCCCCUGUUCCUGAAACUGAACCCCAUGACCAAGCAUACGGACCUCCCGGUCAGCGUCUUCGAGUCCGUCAUCGACAUCAUCAACGGCGAGGCCACCAUGCUGUUUGCCGAGCUGACCUACACGCUGGCCACCGAGGAGGCCGAGCGGAUCGGGGUGGACCACGUGGCCCGGAUGACGGCCACGGGCAGCGGGGAGAACUCCACCGUGGCCGAGCACCUCAUCGCCCAGCACAGCGCCAUCAAGAUGCUGCACAGCCGCGUCAAGCUCAUCUUGGAGUUCGUCAAGGCCUCGGAGGCAGGGGAGGUGCCCUUCAACCACGAGAUCCUGCGUGAGGCCUACGCCCUGUGUCACUGCCUCCCCGUGCUCAGCACAGACAAGUUUAAGACGGACUUCUACGACCAAUGCAACGACGUGGGGCUCAUGGCCUACCUGGGCACCGUCACCAAGACCUGCAACACCAUGAACCAGUUCGUCAACAAGUUCAACGUCCUCUACGACCGGCAGGGCAGCGGGCGGCGCAUGCGGGGGCUCUUCUUCUGACGGACCCCGUGCCCGCCCGCCCUCCCGC